GUUAAUUUCAAUCCUCCUCUCAUUUCUACUCUCGCUCUCUGGAUUUGGAUGCCGCUCGGUUCUCUGCACGGUCAAAAUAUGGCCUCGAAACCUCGCCUCCGCGUCCGGAGGAUGCAUCGCGCUUUUUGGCCCCAAAAGGGUUACUUUUAUUAUUCAUUUCUUCUCUUCCAUCAUCCGGGCAAAGAUCUAUUCUUCGACGCAAAUCGCAUCGGUGCUGGGGGCUUUGAUCUCCCCCGGAAGGUGUUUUGGAGUCUUUCGGGAUCUUUGAUCAGACUCCUCCUACCUAUUGCUUUUAUGCGUUGAAGCUUCGUUUCGAGGUUUCGAGCCUUGGUUGUGGUGUUCGACCAUCUGGUUAUGCUGAUUCAAAUGCCGGAAAGUAUUCGUUUUUUCGGUGAAUUACGUUAUUCCUUAUGCAAAAUGGUCUUCCGGGUUUGAGGGGAAAUCGGAAAUUUGCCAAGUGGUGUUAGAACAAUGGUCUGCUUUCCAUAUUUCUCAAAGAAAUGUUUCUCUAAGAAGAACUCAAGGAUGGAAAUUGCUCCAAAUCAAAGCCUCAGAAAGAAUAAUACCUCAAAGAAAACGGCUGACUAUCAGCAGAAGCCUUCCAUCGCAUCAUCCCAAAGGGAUUCUGGCAAGGGUAAUAUUGCUGCACAAACAUUUACAUUUGAGGAGCUUGUAUUGGCCACAAAGAAUUUUCUAGCUGAAUGUCUCCUAGGUGAAGGUGGGUUUGGUAGAGUGUACAAAGGUUCCCUUCAGAACAGUGGACAGAUAGUAGCUGUUAAACAGUUAAAAAGGGAUGGCUUCCAAGGCAACAAAGAAUUUGUUGUGGAAGUACUGAUGCUUAGUCUCCUUCAUCAUCAAAAUCUAGUCAAGCUUAUUGGAUACUGUGCCAAUGGUGAUCAAAGAUUAUUGGUGUAUGAAUUCAUGCCUAUGGGCUCCUUAGAAGAUCAUUUGCUUGAUAUCUCAUCAAAUCACCAAGUCCUGAGCUGGUACACAAGGAUGAAAAUAGCAUAUGGCACUGCUCAAGGUCUAGAGUAUUUACAUGAGAAGGCAAAUCCACCAGUCAUCUUUCGUGACCUCAAAUCCGCUAACAUCCUACUUGAUCAAGAUUUCAAUGCGAAACUCUCUGAUUUUGGUCUGGCAAAACUAGGCCCUGUUGAGGAUAAAGUUUAUGUGUCUUCAAGGGUGAUGGGAACAAUUGGCUACUGUGCACCUGAGUAUGCAAGAACAGGGCAUCUAAGCUUGAAAUCAGAUGUGUACAGUUUUGGAGUUGUUUUGCUCGAAUUGAUCACAGGAAGGAGGGCCAUUGACUCAACUAGGCCAACAAAUGAACAAAAUCUUGUCUCUUGGGCGAGGCCAAUGUUGGGAGACCAGAAGAGGUUCCUUGAGCUAGUCGAUCAACUUAUACAAGGGAAUUACCCACCGAAAGGCUUGAGCCAGGCUGUAGCUGUUGCUGCAAUGUGCCUGCAAGAAGAGACUUCAGUUCGACCAUCUAUGGCCGAUGUUGUUAUUUCAUUGAGUUUUCUGACAGCACCAUCGGGUAGACAUGAGGUAGACCCUGCUCCAUCUUCACCAUCAUAAAACAAGCAUAAUCCAAUCUUGGUCGACUGAAUCGAGAAGAGUGUCAAGAGUCAUAACUCUCAAGUUCUCCAAGGUGUGGAUUGGAUUCGUACAGCUCAAGAUUGAUGGCAGGAAUUGAGAGAAAUAAAGUUGUUGUGGAACCGUUUGUGAACUUGCCACUUGUCUAUAUUCAUAGCUCUCACAUACAGAAUCGUAGCAUAUUGAUUUAGAUUUCA